CAUGGCGGUGUGUGGCGCGGCGGCUACAGCGGCGGCAGGAGGCGGGAGGCGCUGGUACUUCAGCCGGGAGCAGCUCGCGCGCAGCCCGACCCGUCGCGCGGGGCUGGACCCGGAUAAGGAGCUGUCCUACCGGCAGCAGGCGGCCAACCUGCUUCAGGACAUGGGCCAGCGCCUCAAUGUCUCUCAACUGACUAUCAAUACUGCUAUUGUCUAUAUGCAUCGAUUCUACAUGGUUCAGUCCUUUACCCAGUUUCAUCGGAACUCUGUGGCACCAGCUGCCCUUUUCCUGGCAGCCAAGGUGGAAGAACAACCUCGAAAACUGGAGCAUGUCAUCAAGGUUGCUCAUGCCUGUUUGCAUCCUCAAGAGGCUCUUCCGGAUACACGGAGUGAGGCUUACCUGCAACAAGCCCAAGACCUGGUCAUUCUAGAGAGCAUAAUACUGCAGACCCUGGGAUUUGAAAUCACCAUCGAUCAUCCCCAUACGCAUGUGGUGAAAUGCACACAGCUUGUGCGAGCCAGCAAGGAUCUGGCACAGACUUCUUACUUUAUGGCUACCAACAGCCUUCACCUAACCACCUUCAGCCUGCAGUACACCCCUCCCGUUGUGGCCUGCGUCUGCAUCCACCUGGCCUGUAAGUGGUCCAACUGGGAGAUCCCAGUCUCCACGGACGGGAAGCACUGGUGGGAAUACGUUGAUGGCACUGUAACUCUGGAGCUUUUGGAUGAGCUAACUCAUGAAUUCCUGCAGAUCCUUGAGAAAACUCCUAACCGGCUGAAACGAAUAAGGAACUGGCGGGCAAACCAGGCAGCCAGGAAGUCAAAGGCUGAUGAGCAGGGGGACGACGAUUGUCUCUCAGAACAGACAAUCCUCAGCAUGAUCUCCAGAAGCGCCUCCGACACGACCAUCGCAGGGCUGAUGAGCAUGUCGACCUCCUCCACUGCGGGGACUGGGGCUUCGCUCCCGAUGACCACCGGGGAUUCGCCAGGAAAUCUGGGCAGCGCAGAUGCAUCAGACAGCUGGCUGGCUCCCAUCAAACUAGAGUCCAGCCACAGGCCUAAUGAAGCCUCUCUCGGCACAGAACAUCCACUUCAUGACAACAGUGGUGGCCCCUUCUCAAAGCAGAGCAGUAAGAGCGCUCCCCUAGCAAAAGUGUCAUUGAAGGAAUACCGCGCCAAGCAUGCUGAGGAGCUGGCUGCGCAGAAACGCCAGCUGGAAAACAUGGAGGCGAACGUGCGCUCUCAGUAUGCCUACGCUGCUCAGAACUUGCUUGUGCAGCAGCAGCGAGAACGUGACGUGCAGCAAGAAAACAACCCAUCUCCCAUCAUCCUGAAAAUCCCUUUGAGCAGCAGCACCGAUGGUUCAGAACGGGCCCCUGCCGAGAAGGCUGACAAACCCUCCCCUGCCCUCAAAGUGCGCCUCCCUGUUUCAGGGGAUAAAGCUGCUGUUCCUUCCCUCAAGCCUGAGGAAAUCAAAGUACGCAUCAAGGUGCCCACCACCUCUGAACGGCACAGCUCAUCUGAUGAGAGUAGCGGCAAAAGCCGGGGCGAGCAUAGGGAAAAACAUAAGGGCCACUCUUCCAACCAUCACCACCACCAUCAUAACCAUCACUCUCACAAACAUUUCAACGCACAGCCAGUUGCCAGCACCAAGCGGCCAGGAGACUCUAAGCACGGCAGCCAGAGUGGAAUGGCACCCCACAAAGGUUACGCCCCAGCUUGUUCUUCCCGUAAGAGACCUCUGGCUGAGGAAGCGCCAGCUGUAGCUCAUGAACACCAGCCCAAAAUGAGUAAGGGUUCAAAAGGACCCGCCGUGCCAUUCCCCUUCCCUCAGCACCCUGGACACAGCCUGGAUGCAGCCGGUCUCUCUUUUGCCCAGAGCAGCAAAGGCCGAGCUGCUCAUGGAAAACUGGACAAGAGCACGGCGGGGGCCAAUGGGCAUAACAUGAACCAGACCAUUGAUUACCAAGACACAGUGAACAUGCUGCACUCUCUGCUCAGUGCACAGGGCAUGCAGCCCACCCAGCCACCCGCUUUUGACUUUGUGCACUCAUACGGAGAGUACUUGAACCCCAGAGCUGCUGCCGGUGUGGAGAAACUACGGCCGCCCCCUCUGCCCUCAGAACCUCCCCCUCCACUUCCACCUCUCCCCAAAUGAUGACCGUUUUAACUACUGAGAUUGGGCUGUCUUCUGCAGAGGACAAGUGGCUCCGCGAUCUCCACUGCCGUGUGAAUGCCCUUUCCCCACCCUUUUAAAAAUGUUUUUAUUAUUGGUAUGAGGAAGUGGAGCCCUUGAAGCUGUGAAAAGCCCUGUCUUCUUUCCCGGUGUGCUUCCCCCACUCUCCUCCAGUCUUGCUGGAAGGAGGUGGAGAUUUUUCCUGGGAGACUGAGCCUCAGUUUGCAGAAUUGUGAAGUUAACGAACCAACAGGAGAGAGGGGCACAGGGCUAUUUAAAUUGUCACAGUCUUUCUCCUUCUAAAAAGACAUUUUAAAUAAUUUAAAAUAAGUUAUAUAUGUUCUUAGUGUUGAUAUUAUUUUUCUAAGAUGGGCAAGGAAGGGGUUAGAGUGGAAGAUAAAAUAGUGGAAGUUGCUUCCUUCUGAAUGGAGGCAGUGGAGGUUUGAAAGGAGGAGAAGGUAUAUGUGGGGAAAGCAUGAAUGUUGACCAGAAUAAUUGUUGUCUGUUAAGUGGUGAUGGGUUUUUCUUUCUUUUUUUGGCUCCAGUUUCUCUGCACCUUGGUUUUUGGCUGCUCCCUAGUGAUCAAAUGGAGACAGAUGCAGACCCCAUUUUUCCAAAAGACACGAAAAAGAGGGCACAAAACACAGCCCUACAGAAGCAGGGUAACCAAAGAGGUUGGAAAAGGAGAAAGUGAAUUAAAUAUAACAUAAUACAAAUGAAUAAAACAGUAUAUAAUUCAACAAA